AGGAUCAGACAGAGAGCGCGGGUCACGAGUGCCAGCCCAGCGCGUGGCGACGGCGACAUGGCCUCCGAAGUGGAUGUACGCGCCGGGCUGCAACGUGCGGGCCAGAGCCACCUGCUGCGCUUUUGGGACGAACUGGGCCCGGGGCCACGCGCCGCGCUGCUGGCCGAGCUGGCGCCUCUGGACCCCGAUGUUCUACGCGAGCACUGCGCCCUGGCGGCAGAGGCCUACGCGCGCACCCCCGGCCCCACGCCCGGCCUGGCCGAGCGCCUGCGGCCGCUGUCCCCCGAGAGCGUAGGCCGCGCGAGCCGCGGCGACGCCGAGACUUGGCGGCGCUGGGAGGAGGAAGGUUUCCGCCAGAUUGCCCUGAACAAGGUGGCCGCACUGCUGCUGGCUGGCGGGCAGGGCACGCGCCUGGGGGUCACCUACCCCAAAGGCAUGUACCAGGUGGGGUUGCCCAGCGGAAAGACCCUGUACCAGCUGCAAGCCGAGCGGAUCCGACGGGUGGAGCAGCUGGCUGGCGAGCUCCACGGGACCCGCUGCACUGUGCCGUGGUACAUUAUGACCAGCGAGUUUACGCUGGGGCCCACGGCCGAGUUCUUCAGGGAACACGACUUCUUCCACUUGGACCCUGCCAGUGUGGUCUUUUUCGAGCAACGCAUGCUGCCUGCUGUGACCUUCGACGGCAAGGCCAUCCUGGAGCGGAAAGACAAGGUUGCCAUGGCCCCAGAUGGCAACGGGGGUCUGUACCGCGCAUUGGCCGACCACCGAGUCCUAGAAGACAUGGAGCGUCGUGGAGUGGAAUACGUGCACGUGUACUGUGUGGACAACAUCCUGGUGCGACUGGCGGAUCCGGUCUUCGUGGGCUUCUGCGUGCUGAGGGGUGCAGACUGCGGCGCCAAGGUGGUGGAAAAGGCCUACCCCGAGGAACCUGUGGGCGUGGUGUGCCAGGUGGACGGCGUUCCCCAAGUGGUGGAGUACAGCGAGAUCAGCCCUGAGACUGCCAGGCUGCGUGGGGCCGAUGGGAGCCUGCUCUAUAAUGCGGGCAACAUCUGCAAUCACUUCUUCACCCGAGGCUUCCUGCAGAGGGUCACCAGGGAAUUUGAGCCAUUGCUGAAACCACACGUGGCUGUGAAGAAGGUCCCGUAUGUGGACGAGGAGGGAAAUCUGGUAAAGCCGCUAAAACCGAAUGGGAUAAAGAUGGAGAAGUUUGUGUUUGAUGUGUUCCAGUUUGCUAAGAACUUCGUUGCCCUGGAAGUGUCGCGGGAGGAGGAGUUUUCCCCGCUGAAGAACGCUGACUCCGCGGCCAGGGACAACCCCUCCAGCGCCAGGCGGGCCCUGCUGCGGCGGCACCUCCAGUGGGCGCUGCAGGCGGGGGCCCGCUUCCGGGACGCGCGCGGGGCCGGCGCUCCGGAGCAGCCUCGCUUGCCUCAGGAUGGAGACCCUCCAGCCAUUUGCGAGAUAUCGCCCUUAGUAUCUUACUCUGGAGAGGGUCUGGAGGCCUGUCUGCGAGGCCGUGAGCUCUGGUCACCCUUCAUCCUGGAUGAGGACCAGGCUAGGGUGCUGAGGUCGCAGGAGGCCUGAGCGCUCCAGGACUGCCAGUAGGAAGGCCUCAGCAUGGGGACAGAGCCCUCGCCCCCACCCCGGUGUGUUUCUCCAGCCUGCAAUCGCAGAAGGGAACCUGCCCAUGUACUCCACAGUGGUGGGACCCCUUCUGCCCCCAGCAGCUAUACAUGCGUCAGCCCAUCUGGUGUGUGCCCUUUGGCUGCAUUUCUGACUGUGGGAAGUGGACAGCUGGGGAGUGGGAGUGGGAGCGGGCAAAAGGAGGCCAGAUACUUGGGAGGAGCUGUGGAAGGGAAGCCCGUGUGGCAUCUGAGGGCCCUGCAUGCUCCGAAGGGGGUGAGAAGGUGUGCAGCCCUGGCAGCCCAGGUCCAAAUCGCAGGUCCACUCAGGUCCACUGCCCAGGGUGCGUUUAGGGUGGGCUGCUCCCCCCCCAGCAGCUGGACCAGCAACUGGGGGGAGGCUGGUGUCUCACCAUGCCAGCCUAGCUGAGGCGGCUGCCCUGCAGGAGCCUGCCCUGCCUCUCCUGGGUUUCUCCUAGGGAUUUAGCCUCUCAGCUAUUAGCAGGAGGUUUGGCUGCUGAAUUGAAGGGCUGUCCCCAAGAACCCGUGGGCCUCCUGGUUGCAGGGUUUCCCAAGCUGCGGGUGCCGGGCAUGCAGCCUCAGCACUCUGGGCCCUGCGCUUGGACCAGGCUCUGUCUCUGCUCUGGCCACCCUGAGGGCAGCACUGCUUGUGCACCUGUGUUUCCCGUUUAUGUGAGGAGUUAUAGGUGUUGUCAUGCAGCCUGCCCCAAGCUUGCCACAGCCGAGUGGGGACUGCUCCUCCCCAUCUGGAGGGGUGUCAGGGUGGGUCCAUCCCGUAGCCUGGAGUCUGAGCUGGCCAAGGCAGGACAGGGCUAGGCCCACCCUAGCCACUAGGGGACCAUCACGUCAGCCGUGCCAGGCCUCUGGCCUCGGACCUCAGAGGAAACUGCCUUAGCAGCCUUCUUGCGACAGGCCACGCAGAGGUGCAGCAUGCCUGGUCCUUCCCACCUGCUCCUUGGAAACAAAGAUUGUAUCUGCACAC